AUGUCCGAAAGGUAUUUACAGUUAAAGAUUUUAAAAGAGAUGCACAAACACUCUGAACAUUUUCUUUCGCUCAGCUCCUCAGGUCGAAACACAAGCAGUCAGAUUUGCCCGUCUAGUUCAUCGUCCUUCUCUGAUCCGAGUGAGUCACACACUCGGUCAGCUCUGACAAGGAACAGAACAUUUCAUCCACGUUCGGAUUCUGGAAUAUCAUCCCUGCUUCCAUCAGACUCUUUUAAGUACCUCACUUGGCACAAGGUAGAACAACAUGACAUUCAAGGAAGUCAACUGCGUUGCCCAAGAGUAAGAGAAGGACCCUCCACAGAAGAGUUGCUCUUCAGACAGGAGGAGUGUACUUUGCCUGCUCGGAAAAGAGUCCUUGAAAAAAACAAAUGGGAAACAUGGCUACAAGAAAACUGGGAAGACUGCACGAAUUUGAACCUUUCAUUUCAGGAUCUGGGGGACCCUUAUCAAGUUGCAAAUUUUAACAGGAUUCUUAGAAGACUAAUUCGAGUUGAAACCCUCUGGUUAGUGGAUAAUUCACUGGUGGACUUAAGUACCGUAAGAUUGCCAAGAUGCAGAGUUUUAAAUAUGAACAAAAACCAUCUCACAUCUUUCAAACAAUUGCCAAAGAUACCUCAGAUACAGCAUUUAUCUGUGGCUGAAAACCACACUGAAUCUCUGACUGGGCUCUCCAGUUUAUGGUGCACUCCACUAGAAUCCCUUACUCUCAAGAGGAACCCUUGUGAGUUUCACGCAAAUUACCGGAGACGAUCCUCCAAUAAGAAGAAAGCACAGUUCAAAAGAGAAAAAAACUUACUGAUAAAGCUCAUAGUAGUGUUCUCCUGUUUGCCAAACUUAAAAAACGUGGAUGGAAUCCUGAAGCUACCAGAAGAUUCUUCACCACCAGAAACCAAUAUUUUUUCAAAAAUGUGUAUUAUAAUGCAAUUUGUAUAGAAAGAAAGCAAUCACCAUUGUCUCUAAAAGCUAAUAAAUACAGGAGAUGCAUGACUAAAUAUU